AUGAUCACCAUUUCUUCAAUUAAAGAAACAAUACGGGAAGGAGCAUUCACCUGUGGUCCUGGGACCUCUGAGGUUGUAAUCGACACAGCGAUGUCCGGUACCUUUCACAGUCCAGGAUGGCAGGAACCCUACACGCCGGACACUCGAUGUCUCUUCCGAUUCAUGGCUCCACCUGGUCGAAAGGUGCUCAUUGAGUUCUCCUUCUUUCACGUAGAAGGCCUAUUUCCUUUUUGCCACAAGGACUUUCUCGACGUCUACACUGACCUUGCGUCGUCGCAGCCACAUAGUAAAAAAGAGGAGAUCCAUUUCCUGGCCUACCUUCAAGAAGCCCAGGAACAAAAGACCACCACCCCCUUCUCCGCACUUCUCUUUUCCUCAGUGCUUUCUCGGUCACAACUCCUGGGUCGAUUUUGUGGCUGGCACCGACACGGUGCAGAGAUCAUUCCCCAGCAUCUCGUCUCGGUUCAUCGCGAGCUAGUUCUCGACUUCUUUGCAGCUCCUUCAGCUAGUAAAGCGGGUGAGCUGGAGAACACCCACAGAAGGAGCAGAACAUAUGGAUUCAACGGAACCUUCAAAUUCAUUCCCGAUGAUCUUUAUUACCCAGGGAAGGUCGCAUCUAUUCCAGACAUUCCACCUCUACCGUCGGAAUUUAUCAACGAACACUACGAUUCAAAUCCUAUGCAGCUAGGCUCUAGUGAAUCCAUUUGCAAAUUCCUGAUUCAACCGAAAUCGGGAAUAGACAGCCAAAGGGGGGAAUUUGUCUCCCCAGCCUACCCUGGUUUUCAUCCCCCAGGAUUAAAGUGCCUCUAUGCCUUCCGCGGACGACCCAAUCAUCGAAUCAAAAUUGAGAUUCACGAUAUGGGCUUGCCUUCACCUUUAGAAUCUUGUCCUACUGACUAUAUACAGUUUUUCGAUGGCAACGACAUCUUUCAGUCUGCACAUCUAGGAGACAGGAUUUGCGGAGAACAGAAAGGUCUUGAGCUAUACUCAACGGAGGCCUCCUUGACUAUGCUCUUCGUGACUGGAUCCACAAUCGAGAAUGCAACCACCUCCAAGUACCGUGGAUUCCAUAUUGCCUAUGAGUUUGGGGACAAGUUUGUGCAAAUCGAUCCUGAAUACAAGGAGAAGCAUAUCAGAGGAACAGAAUGCGAUUUCGUUAUUAAAAGGAGAGUGGAUUCUACAGCCGAACAGUCGCCAGAAGGUGUUCUUGAGUCACCGAAUUUUCAUUCUGGUCUUACAAUCUCGCCCUCUCACUCAUGCACCUUCUUCUUUCUUGGACGUCACGAGCAACAGAAAAUGGAAUGCAACGAAGGCUUUAUGGCGGUUUACGGAGCUCGCAUUGAAAACGAUGAUGAAUUUAAGCUCCAUCCCCUUCAACCAUAUGGGGUGUCUGGCUCGAAACUUGACGACGUGUGGAAUAUGGAAUCCCUCUUUGCCUCCUCCGACACAAGCAUGCCAUUGAGGGCAUCACAAAUUUGGUGUGGAAACCAACUAGAGGCACUCAAGACAGGCAGCCAGGUGGAUCACUCACCAAUUGUCUCAUUACGGUCUGCUUUGGCCCUCCGAUUUAAUGCUAGCGGCAGUUCUUCUAUGAAUGUGCGAUUUCGGGCUUUCUACAAAUUUCCACCUGGUAAGCCUCAAGUUAUAAAAAUAUACCUGUCUUCAUUCACCUGA